GAAAAGCUGGGCAAAGGAAAUGACUGAAAAAGACUCCCUUCCCAACAAGUGUCCCGUUAGUGAAACUGUUCGAUGGCCAACAGUAGAAGAAUGCAGACGCAGUUGGAGGCUGCUAAUAUAUGGAACUUUAUGAAUGAGGAUCUUACAGGUGAAUCUAGUGAUGUCCAUCCUGUUGUAUGUGAUGGUCCUUGUGUACCUCUAUGGUAUCCAGGCUACCAACAUGGACAGCAGUCACCAGGGGGAACAGCAGCAGCAGCAGCAGAGUCCAGACCCUUUAAACUCCCUUAUCAUCCAGCUGCUUCAGGCUGACCUGACCAGGGGGAAGACCAGGGGGAACCAGAGCCAACAGGGGAGAAGCAGGGACACUGAGCCCCAGGACACACUGCCUCCUCUCCUCGGUGCAAACUUUCCUUUAGAGGAGCAGGGCGAUGGGGAGCAGUGGGCGACAGGGGGUCGCAGUGGCGGGAGCAGUGAGGGUAUGGUCGACCAGCAGGUGUUGUUGUUGAACUCAGACAUUCUCAGGCAGCACAAGAGGUACAACUCACCUCGGGUGCUACUGAGCGACCGGCCUCCACUGCAGCCGCCACCGCUUUACCUCGCGGACGAUUUCGUGAGCGGCGGACAGGAAGGCGGGGCCGCGGGGAACAAGACACGGAAGAAGCGUUAUGCUGAGCACAAGAGCUACCGUGGGGAAUAUUCUGUGUGCGACAGCGAGAGCCAGUGGGUGACAGAUAAAACCCAAGCAGUGGACACCAGGGGGGAUCCUGUCACUGUUCUGGCCAAAAUUAAAACCAGUGCCACGCAGGACAUCAAACAGUACUUUUAUGAGACACGCUGUCGGACCGCCAGGCCCUUCAAAGGUGGCUGCCGGGGCAUUGAUGACAAGAACUGGAACUCACAGUGCAAGACGACGCAGACAUACGUUCGAGCGCUGACACAGGUUCGCAAUUCAGUGGGCUGGAGGUGGAUACGCAUAGACACUUCGUGCGUCUGUGCAUUGUCAAGGAAACGUCAUAGGACGUAAACAAAACAAUGCAAGCCCUGCUGGGGACUAGCUGUUGGAAUUCUACUUCCUGUACAGGAUUUUAUUUCCUGUUGACAAUGCUCCCCACCACAGGAUUAUGUGUCAUGGUGGUGAAGUGCAACAUUCUGCUAUAAACUGCUACUGAAUGAAUUGUGGGUCCAUUUACAUGAUAUUUCACAUUAAUGUGCUGCAAAUCCACAAGCCGGUGCAGCACCGCUGUUACAGAAGAACUUA